AUUAUAUUAUAUGUUUGUGGUGAGGGCAUGCUAGAAACAAAAUGGUUCUAUAGUAUAGAGAAAUCAGAUGACAAACGACAUGCUCCAAAAGGCAAAUACAUAAUUAAUUCCUCCUCCAGAAUCAGACCUUUACCAACGACAAAAAAUUACCAACUUGUCAUACUCCUAGCGUCCCGAAGCGCACUAGAA